UCAAACAGACUCCCCAGCCUGCAGACACCUGUGCUGAGGAGGGUGAGGCAGGCAGCAGCCUGGACGCAGGUCCCUGGGUGCUUCCCGCCUCUCCUUCCACAGCCAGCUCCACAGCCCUGGCAGAGCCCUGGCCAAGCCAUGCCCCGCGCUGGAUUCUGCAGCUGCUGGGGCCGCCGGGUGCUGCCCCUGCUGAUGGCCUACGUUUGCUACCUGCUGCUUGGUGCCACCAUCUUCCAGCUGCUGGAGAAGCAGGCAGAGACUCAGUCCAAGGACCAGUUUCAGUUUGAGAAGCUGCGCUUCCUGGAGAACUACACCUGCCUGGACCCAAGAGCUCUGGAGCAGUUUGUGCAGGUCAUCAUGGAAGCCUGGGUGAAGGGUGUGAACCCCAAGGGCAACUCCACCAACCCCAGCAACUGGGACUUCGGCAGCAGUUUCUUCUUUGCAGGCACAGUCGUCACCACCAUAGGAUAUGGUAACCUGGCACCCAGCACGGAGGCAGGCCAGGUCUUCUGUGUCUUCUAUGCCCUGGUGGGCAUCCCACUCAACGUGAUGUUUCUCAACCACCUGGGCACAGGGCUGCGUUCCCACCUGGCCACCCUCAACAGGUGGGAGGACCAGCCCAGGCGCUCCCAGCUGCUGCAGAUCCUGGGCCUGGCUCUGUUCCUGACCCUGGGGACCUUGGUCAUUCUCAUCUUCCCACCCAUGGUCUUCAGCCAUGUGGAGGGCUGGAGCCUCGGUGAGGGCUUCUACUUUGCCUUCAUCACUCUCAGCACUAUCGGCUUUGGGGACUAUGUGAUCGGCAUGGACCCCAGCAAGCAUUACAUCUCUGUGUACCGGAGCCUGGCAGCCAUCUGGAUCUUCCUGGGCCUGGCGUGGCUGGCGCUGGUUUUCCCACUAGGCCCCCUGCUUCUGCACAGGUGCUCCCAGCUCUGGCUGCUCAGCAGGGGUCUCAGCCUCAAGGAAGGGGGAGCCCCUGAGACCAAUGGCCCCCCCAGGCCCCAGAAGAUCCCCAUCUCUGCAUGAGGCCCCGUGGCCCCAGGAGCCCCUCCCACUCCCCCCACUACCCAAUACACCAUUUGGACUUCCUGCUCCGCCACCUCCUCUCCCAACCCACUCACUUCCCAACCAGGGCUGGUUUCAAGGAACUCCCCAGAUAAAGCACAGAGACAGGAGUGUCCAAGAAAACAACAGAAAGGAGAUGUCGAGGCAGGAUCAAAGAGAUGUGUGUGGAGUAAGAUGUACACUGCUGUCCCAAAACCCCUUUCUCAAAAGUGACCUGGAAAAGCUGAAUCCAGACGUGGAUCACUGUAGCCAAAUCUCCAUGCCCUCCCUGCGUCUCCCUCCCAGGAGACCUUAUCCAGGACAGCAAACAAAGGGUGAUUUUAUUGUUGCCUCAUUUGAUACAUGCACAGUGUGCAUUUGUCAGGCUGCCAUGUGUCAGGCGCCCAAGAUAUGACAGUGGAAGUUCCUGCCCUCCAUGUACAUUGAGUCAAAUGGAAGGACUUGGCAAACAGAGGGGCAACACUGACCCAGUGCCCAAAAUCCUAUGAUGGCAGGGCACACCAGGUAUGACAAGAGCCCCUGGGAAUGGCUGGGCAGGGACUGUGCAGCAGCUACGUGCAAACAGGAUAUGUGCCCUCAGUGCAGCUGUCUCUCAAAGCCAUGGCGCCAGUUUCCCUUGCCUAGAGGUCUAGAGCUGUCCAAAGACAAAGCUUAGGAGCUUGUGGGUGUCCCAUCCACUUUCCUGGGCAUGGCUUCCCCUGACCCCUCAAGGACACCUUUCGACAUCACUACCCUCCUCUGGACUUCUGUCUUCUUAAGACCCUUUCUGGACACUCCCUGGGAAGAUCACAGCAAAAUUCCAGGAAAUGAGCUCUGUAGAGGCCUGGUCUCCCUUGGGAAUGCAUUCUGCAGCCCUGGCCUUCCUCCUGCCGGAUGGGACAUCUCUGGCCAGAAGGAGAGGAGAGAUUUAAAUCAGCCCAUCCCAAGGCCCAGCUUCACCAAUGACUGCAAAACUCAGCCCCUACCUCUCCCAGCAAGGCAGGCCCACAAGUGCCAGGGGACCUCUGGACAAGACUGAGAGAAGACUAUGAAGCAGAGGCAGUGCCAGAUGGGACACCCAGGGAAGGAGCUACACCAGCUAGAGUUUACACACCAGGACUUCCUGAUAUGGAGGAGAGGCCUGGGAAACUGAGGUCUCCCAGACACUCCUUAGAUACCCUGGACCCUUCCUCCACUCUGGGUGUGGGAGGGAGUUAAGGGGGCCUCUUCAGAAGCAGGGAAUGAACAAGCCCACUAGUCAAGGCUUCCCUUGCCUCCCAAGCUCAUGGACAAGGGGUGAUCAGCUGGGGUUCCUCAUCUUUGGGGACACAAAGGAAAGGGUGGUUGAGUAAAAGGCCCAAGGAGGACUCGCAUCAAGUCCUUGGCAAUAGUCUCAAGGUCUAAGUACUUAAGCAGGGGCCCUAAGACAAUAAACUUGGCUUCUGCUUUCUCUUCCUGUUGAGUGCGGUCUCCAGGAGCCCCUC